AUGCCUACCCGGCUACGACAGACCGCCACGACGGAGGUCGGGCAGAAAGAGAAUGGCUACAAUAUCCCUGGUCUUCAGUUCGGGGAGACCCUUACCUGGCGCGCUGGGAAACCCAUUCCUGUUGCAGAACUCCUUGCCAGACUACAGAAGCUUUCUGCUGAGCUACGGAAUUAUGAUCUUGACGAAGUCGAUUCGCGAUCGUUCACCACUCUUGCGCAAGACCUUGCCAACCCGAAUCUGUUAGGGCAUAAAGAUAAAGGGGUGCGAGCGUGGACGGUCUCUUGUAUUGUGGAUGUUCUCAAGAUUUGCGCGCCCGAUGCGCCAUUCCAAGUCGGCCAGCUCAAAGACAUCUUUACGGUGACGAUCAAUUCCAUCCUCCCUGCUCUGGCGGAUCCGACGAACGCCUACAACGCCCAGCAUGUCUACAUAUUAACUUCUCUCGCCGAGUCGCAAAGUAUUCUGUUGGUCACGGACGUACCAAAUCAUGAGAAUCUGAUCAUCUCCCUGUUCACCACGGCGUUUGAUAUCGUCUCGGGGUCUGGAAAUAAUACUUCCGGAGUCGAGGUCUCCAAGAGUGUGGAAUACCAUUUGAAGAACCUCCUCGCUGCGGUGGUCGAUGAAGUGCCUCUGCCCCAAGAGGUCACCGACAUCAUUAUUUCUCAGUUCAUGCGGGUUGAUGCCAGAAAUGCUCAGGAUCACAUCACAAAGGGUAGAAAGCGAGGAAUUCAAGACACCAAGCAGGCUACGUUGCUUCUGAAGGAGUACCCGCCGGCGUAUAACAUGGCGAAAUCCCUUUGCACCACCUGUCCGGAAAAGAUGACGGCACAGAUUACACACUAUUUCGGGACAAUCAUUGUCGAUGCGACAGCUGCAACGACCGCAGCCCCCUUGUCCAAAUCCUCGCAUCGACGAAUGUCGGACCUUGGUGACUCGGACGACGAGCACGAAGGGCUGGCAGAUUUGCGGAAAGCUCAUCGUCUCUUGCGAGAGUUGUGGAGAGCUUGUCCAGAUGUGCUUCUGAACGUCAUUCCUCAGGUCGAAGCAGAAUUCUCUGCAGACUCACCAGCCUUGCGCCGACUUGCAACGGAGACCAUUGGCGACAUGACAGCCGGCAUAGGCAUUGCGGGGCUCCCUCCUUCAAAUACUUUAGACCCGGCCGUCUUCCCUUUGCCUUCUCUGGAGGAGGCAGAGCCGGCUCCACAAACCACUAACCCCCUAUUGGCGCCUGCUUCGCCGAAACCAUUUGCCACCGUGCAUGCUUCAGCAUAUUCGGCAUUCUUCGGCCGUCGAAACGACAGAGCCCCAGGUGUUCGUGAAGCGUGGGCCGUAGCUGCCUCUCGGAUUCUCUUGACUUCGGCUGGGGCUAUUGGACUCAAUGACCGAGAAUUGCUGGACUUGCUCGCAGGCUUUGCUCAAAUGCUCCGAGAUCCUGAUGAACGCGUUCGCCUGGUCACAAUCCAAUCUGUCCACGCUUUUAGUUAUCAUGGCAUUUUGAACACGCUUGCUGCGGACGGUGGUCUAUCCAAGCCUGGAACGGUGCUCGCGACGAUGGUGGAACGAGUCACUGAUCGCAAGAAUGAUGUCAGACAGGAGGCGAUAGACCUGCUCGCUCGUAUCUGGGGAGUUGCAUCAAGAGAUGUCGAAAACGGUGUUGAGGUCGUCAAGGCGGCCGUUGGUGACAUUCCCGAUCGCUUACUCCGCGCCUACUACACCAAUGACUUGCAUGUCCAUGCAGCACUCGACAAGGCUUUGUAUGAAAGCUUACUGCCGCUGUCAUUUCCUCCAAUCAAAGUGCACACAUCUCGCACUGAGAGUCAGAAGCCGCGUGCUAAGGACAAGGAGGACAAUUCGUCCGAGGGUUCAGCUUCUGAUCCAGACGCCAUCAGAACGCGCCGGAUACUCACAUUGGUGCAAAGCCUAGAUACGAAGUCCCGCCUGGUCUUCUUCAAAUUUCAGACUCGGCAAGUCCAAAUGAGUAAAGCCAUGACAGUUUUCCUCCAAGCAUGUGAGGAGUAUAACGGGGGAGUGGUUGAAAAUGACCGCGAUGAAACGACAAUCAAAGACCGACUCACUCGCUAUAUCGAUCACCUCUCCAAGACCUUUCCGGACUCGACGGUCGUUGCAACUGAUCUAUGGAAGUUUGCAAAGCAGCAUAAUCGCCGUUGGUACCAGCUGAUCAGGUUUGCCAUGGGCCCGGAGCACGAUUACCGGACGGUCAUCAAGGCAAUCAAAGAGCUCGGCAAGCGCAUUCGUGAGGGCCCGGCCAGUUCGCAGUCUCUUCUCGAUACCCUGCAGCCGAUCCUGUAUCGGUGUGCCUUGAUCGUCUAUAACCGGAGUCAUGUUCCUACAAUAAUGGAAAUAUCUCGAAGUGAUGAAGCUGGUCUUGGAGAGGUUGCUCAUGAAGUCCUCAAAGAGAUAUCAGCCGGCCACCCGGAAGUUCUCAAAUCCCACAUCCAGUCACUGUGCAGAGAGCUCGAAGAGAAUGCACCCUCCUCCACGAAAGCGGAGGAGCCUGGUAUGGCCGAGACGCUGAGAGCAUGUGCGGGAUUUGCCCGAAAGUAUCCUGCAGAUGUGCCAGCAGAGCGGAAGUUCCUCACUUCACUGACGCACUUUGCCUUGUUUUCCAAGUCACCUCGGGCCGCAAAACAUGCCGUCUCCAUAAUUCUCCUGAUCGCGGACAAGAAGGAGAUGUACGCCAAAGAUAUGCUAUCGAAGGCCCUGAAGGAUUGCGAACCGGACUCUCCACAUUUUCUUGCACGCUUAGCUACGAUAUCCCAGGUGUGUUUGCUUGCUCCCGCUAUUGCAAAUCUGCACGCGGACGCGAUUCAACUUGUCACUUCAAACGUCCUAGAGAGAAACCGCUCAUCUGGCUCUCAAAACGAUCCCAACGCCUGGGACGAGCUGCCCGACGACGAAAUCCAAUCCAAAGAACUGGCUUUGAAGAUCCUCGUUAACCGUUGUCGCGCGCAAGACGAGAAGUCUGACGACGACGGAUUCGCAAAGUCGGCCAAGGAUGCCUUCGACUACCUCAUUGCACUAAUCAGGAAUGAAGGCGAAGUAGCUCCAUCAAGAGACACGCCUUCUGCUCAGAAGAAUCGUCUGAGGCUAGUUGCUGCGCACUUCAUACUCAAGCUAUGCAGUCACAAGCGAAAGUGCGAGGAGUUUGUCGACGCUUCCACGUUCAUCUCGAUAGCUAUGAUCAUGAUCAAUCCACCCAAUCCAGUGCGGACAGGAUUCGUCAAUGCCCUGAAAAAGUACCUCGGACACAAUCGACUCGCUCAUCGAUGGUUUACCCCUCUCUUCCUCCUCGCCUUUGAACCCGACAUCGAACUUCGCACGUCUGUUGUGAAUUGGAUCAAAGGACGGGUGCAGUUUUUUGCGCGGCAGCAACUGCAGGUUAAAUCCGCCGACAAGAAGUUGCACCAAAAUGUCAUGGAGUCGAUUUUCGCUCGUCUCCUGAGCCUCUUGGCUCACCAUCCCGACUAUCCAAGUCAAGAGAGCGAGGACUUCGACGGGGAGCUGCUAGACUUCUCCAAGUACAUCAUAUUCUACCUGUUCGCGGUCUCCACAGAGGAUAAUUUGUCCCUCAUCUUCCACAUCGCACAGCGCGUCAAAGGCGCGAGAGAUGGGAUCACGGGAACCGAAGAGGCCAGUGAGCGGUUGUACGUGCUUAGUGAUCUUUCUCAGGCUGUCAUACGGAACUAUGCGGACCUCAUGCCUGCACAUGCAAAGGGGGUCAACCUCCUGCAGACCUGGCCGGGCAACGUGACUUUGCCACGCUCGUUAUUCAAGGCUCUACCGAGCCAUGAAGCUGCUCAAGAGAUUGCCGAGAAAAACUACUUACCAGAAGACGUUGCGACAGGUCUUGAGAAACUGGUUAGGACUUACAUCAAGGAAUUGAAAGGUGCCAGCCAUUCCACCAGGAAGGCUGCAGGUGGGGAGAAGAAGAGAAAGAGUGAGGCUAUCGGCUUGGAUGAUGACGGGGUCGGUGUGGACCGGAAGAAGGUGACCAAAAAGCCCAAGAAAUCGACGCUCCCGCUCAGAAAGACCUCGAAACCCAAACAAAGAAGCAGCGAGCCUGCGAGUCCAGAGAUGCCGUCUCGAAAGAGUGCGCGCAUCUCGAACGCUGUUUCGUACGCCGAGGCCGAUAGUGAAGAUGACGAUGUUGAGAUGGCGAAGAUGGACGAAAUGACGAGCCGUACAGCCUCCGAGCGGAAAAAGAGUGCUAGAAUCAAGUCUGAUGUUGAUGAGGAAGGGGAUGAGGGUGACACCCUACAAAGCGAGCUUCAUAGCGAGCGAGGUGAUGAGACAGAUGAGGCAAAUGUCUCGGAGGGUUCCGAACAUGAAGUUCGUGCGCACGAGGACGAUGUGACAGAAAACGGUGGUGUGGGAAUCAACGGAGCUGACGUGGAGAUGACGGAGGCCGCGGCUUCAUCAUCACCUUUUAAGGAGCGACCAAAUGCUAAAGGGGCUGAGAAGGGCAGAGGCAGAGGACUUAAGACAUCCUCUGCAGCGAAACCAACGAGCGCCAAAGAAACGGUCGAGCUGCCAGGACGGCGUACGAGACAGACUCGGAGUACGAGGAGUUGA